AUGGACCGGGAACGUUUUCUGCUCACUUCCUGGCUGUACAAGAAGUCCGGCAGAUUAGUAUUUCUUGGUCUGGGCAAUGCUGGAAAAACGACGCUUCUGCAUAUGCUGAACGAGCACAGACUGGGUCUGCAUGUGCCGACCUUUGACCCCACCUCAGAAGUGCUGAGGAUCGCUGGUGUGACCUUCAGCUCCUGUGAUCUGACUCGAGGGGAGUGGAGGAAGCUUCUCCCAGCCAUGAGCGGCAUCGUCUUCCUGGUGGACUGCGCAGAUUACGCCAGGCUGCCCGAAUCCAAAACAGAGCUUGACGCACUAAUGACAGAUGAAACCAUUGGAAAUGUACCCAUAUUGAUCCUCGGCAACAAGAUCGACAAACCUGAAGCCAUCAGUGAGGAGAAACUGCACGAGAUCUUUGGCCUGUACGGUCAGACGACGGGAAAG